AUGGGUGAGCAGGCCCACGUCCAAAUCCACAACCCACCCAAACCAGAGUUUCAUUCGCAGAGCAUCCUCUACCAGCAGCUCGCCGUCAAGGCUGGCGAUACCAUCUACCAACGUUUCAUUGCCCUCUGUGGAGGUCAGCAUUCCAUCUGCCCGGACACUGUCCUCACCCUCUCCCCCCAGCAGCUGAAGCAAAUUGGGGUCUCUGGCCGCAAGGCCAGCUACAUCUAUGACCUUGCGAAUAAAUACAAAUCUGGGAUUUUAUCAGAUGACAUGGUAGUUAAGAUGGACGACAAGUCCUUGUUCACAAUGCUGACAAUGGUGAAAGGAAUUGGUUCCUGGUCGGUUCACAUGUUCAUGAUUCUUUCUCUCCAGAGGCCGGAUGUCCUGCCAGUGAGUGACUUCAAGGUCAGGAAAGGAGUGCAGAUGUUGUAUGGCCUGGAUGAGCUGCCCAAGCCCUCACAGAUGGAGCAACUGUGUGAGAAGUGGAGGCCCUACAGGUCUGUAGGGGCAUGGUACAUGUGGCGGUUAAUGGAAGCAAAGGCGUUGGUACAGGAAGCCGGCUCUAGAGGCCUUCAGGGUGGUGUAGUGCAGCCAUUGCAGCAGAUAGAACCAAACCAGGAAGGUCAUCAACAUCAGCUGCAGUUUGUGGAGCAAGUUAAUGGCAUCAGCAACAUAGGGUAG